CCAGGCCAGGCCUAGGCCUGAUCUGCCUUGCUAGAGGAGGACCUCCCAACACCAAGCCCAUUCCCAGCCCCUUCAGGUGGGGGAGGGCCAUACCAGGAGGUUAUCAGCAUCCAAACAAGGGGUCUGGGCCUCUGUCAGCACUCAGGCUGAUGGGCAGGGGGGCAGAUAAGGGGGCUUAAGCAGCCCGAGGAAUGUGCAUCUCUAGCCCCAUGAGUGGGCUCAGGGUAGGGCGGAAGCCAGUCUUUGCUCCUCCUUCCAGUCUUGCAGGCUGUCUCUGAGCUGGUCUGGGCCCUUAGAAACCUGAUUCCAGGGGCCAGAUGGAGAGGACUGGCCAUAUUGGGUGACAGGGAAACCAGAAUCUGGGUGGCCUGGCAUAUGGGGGCAGAGAGGGGCCCCUGGGAUUCAGCCUCCUGGGUUAGGGGAUUCCUAUCCCCAGCAGAAUUCCUGGUCUUGGGGGUGGAGAGUCUCUGGUGCCUGGAAUCAGGUGGUUUGGGGGCUUGGCCUCUACUAUGCCAGGAGGAGAAAAGGAUGUACCUGGUGUGAGCAUGAGUGUGUAUGUGACCAACUCUGGGGUCAGCAGUUCAGCAGCUGUGUUGAUGGCGGGGCCGGUGGGGGGGGUCCUCAAUGCCCCACAAACAAGCAAACAAAAGGUUACCUCCUGAGACAGCCUGGGGCCAGACAUGCUGAGGAUGGACAGAGAACAGUGCCUAGUGGGGUCAGGCCCACUCCCUCCCACACAGGCUGCUGGGCAAGUGGGCAAGUGGGAGGGUCCCUAGGUAACCUGAAGGGGCUGGUAUUGGGGGAGGGGAUGUAAACUUUGGAGAGUAUCCCCACAACACGAUAAAGCACUCCCUCUUUAACACAUCCCUAGAGGAGGUUCAUCCCUCCCUGUGGUCAGGAGCAAAAGUCCAGUUUUUAAUCUCCCUUUUUCCUUAAUGUGAGGAUAAAGGAAGAUGAUCUUUCUGUGUUGCAAUGAUUAGGGUAGCAGUCCUCUUUGUCCUCUCCAGAAGGACUUUCCCGAAAUGCUUCCACUGGGAACCAACAAGGUGUAGGGGCAGCCAGGCUUGAGACCAUUCACCUUUCCGCGUCAAGCGGUCUGGAAGGAGGGGGAAGGGGGGCUGGCGCCCUCUGGUGGGCGAGGUUGAAACGGCCUCUGGCUGUGCAGCUACCUACCCCACGCCGCCUCUCUAGGGGCUCUAAUCUUGCAGGAGCCCACGUGCCCAGCGAGUGGUCUGGGCCGCCGAAGUUUAGGUGGAAGGUGAGGGAGUAAGUUACUGAGGCCGACUUCAUUCGUUCAUUCAGUCAUCAUUCACUGAAAGGGAGAGUGCUUUCCUUCCUCUCGCCUAUAGCCUCCAAAGUCGGCACGUGCGUGGUUGGAGGCGAGCGAGACCCACUGGGUGCACGGAAUGGUCACCUCGGGGGAAGCAGACUCAGUAUCCUCUGCGCGUGGCCCCGCCUCAAUAUCUACCCAUCGCGCUGCCGCCGACGGCUCACUGUGUGCCUUGACUGUGGUCUUGGUGGUCUCCCCGCAGCCCGGGCCCGCGCAGAGCGCGCUGCUGUUGCACUUGCUGGUUCUCUGCCUCCAAGCCCAGGAAGGCCCGGGCGGGGGGCCUGCGCUGGGCAGGGAGCUGGCUUCCCUGUUCCGAGCUGGCCGCGAGUCCCAGGGUGUUUCCCAACAGGUAACUGUUCAGUCCUCACCUAAUUUUACACAGCAUGUGAGGGAGCAGAGCCUGGUGACGGAUCAGCUCAGCCGCCGCCUCAUCCGGACCUACCAGCUCUACAGCCGCACCAGCGGGAAGCACGUGCAGGUCCUGGCCAACAAGCGCAUCAACGCCAUGGCAGAAGACGGGGAUCCCUUCGCAAAGCUCAUUGUGGAGACAGAUACCUUUGGGAGCCGGGUUCGAGUCCGAGGAGCUGAGACGGGCCUCUACAUCUGCAUGAACAAGAAGGGGAAGCUGAUUGCCAAGAGCAACGGCAAAGGCAAGGAUUGUGUUUUCACGGAGAUCGUCCUGGAGAACAACUACACGGCCCUGCAGAACGCCAAGUACGAGGGCUGGUACAUGGCCUUCACCCGCAAGGGCCGGCCCCGCAAGGGCUCCAAGACGCGGCAGCACCAGCGCGAGGUCCACUUCAUGAAGCGGCUGCCCCGCGGCCACCACACCACCGAGCAGAGCCUGCGCUUCGAGUUUCUCAACUACCCGCCCUUCACGCGCAGCUUGCGCGGCAGCCAGAGGACUUGGGCCCCGGAGCCCCGAUAGGCUAGGCGCCUGCCCGGCCCCGUCCGCAGCUCCCAGCGCGUAGAUUUCCAUCUCCAGGGAGCACAAACAGAAACUCAAGCAAGAUGAGGUCUGCGCUACUGAAGGCUGGGGAGGAGCUGGGGGAACCCCGAGUUUUAGUUGUUGAUAAUUGUUUGCUGUUGGGUUUUUUGUUUUUUUGUUUUUUUUUAAACAAAAGAG